AACAACAUGGUUCAGCAAGUUCCAGAAAACAUGAAUUUUCCUGCCAAAGAAGAGAAAAUCGUGCAGUUCUGGUCCGAAUUUAAUUGUUUUCAGGAAUGCUUAAAGCAAUCAAAACAUGGGCCCCAAUCUACAUUUUCUGAUGGGCCUCCUUCUGCAACUAGACUGCCUCACUAUGGACAUACACUUGCAGGGACAAUUAAAGAUAUAGUUACCAGAUAUGCUCACCAGAGUGGGUCUCAUGCUGACAGAACAUUUGAAUGGGAUCGUCGUGGCUUACCUGUGGAACAUGAUAUUGAUAAGAUGCUGGGAGGGACACUGGGAACCAGAGGACCAGAGGAUGUAGCCAAAAUGGGGAUUGUAGAGCAUAACCAUCAGUGCCAAACAAUUUGUGGUGAGAUACUGUACUGAGUGCAAAUCCACCGUUAGAAGUCCACCGUUAGAAGAGUUGUCCAGGGGAUUGACCUUGACAAUGACUACAACAGUCUGUACCCACAAUUCAUGGAAUCUGUCUGUUGGGUCUUCAAACAACUCUACAAUAAAGGUCUUGUGGAUAGAGGUAUGAAAGUUAAACCCUUCUCUACCGCAUGCAACACUCCACUUUCCAACUUUUGAAUCUCACCAGAAAUACAAGGAUGUUCAAGAUC